CAAAACAUCUUGAUUGCCAUCAUAGUUACCUCCGCCAGGAGGUUAUGUAAUCAUCUGGGUUUGUAUGUGUGUGUGUGUGUUUGUCUGUGAGCACGAUAACUCAAGAAAUACCAAACAUAUUUAUACGAAAUUUUUUGAGUUCAUUUCCCAACGGCUAAGGAAGAACCGAUUAAAAUUUGGUUGAAUUUGGUUAAAAAUUGAACGAGAAAUCAACAAAAUUUUGUCUUGCUUUUCCUGGUCAAUUAAAAACUCACUGAAUGCGUAAUUAGGACGUGUAUAAUGUAUGCACGCAGUACUAAGACAAUAAUGAGAUGAUAAAAACCUCAUUAAGUUUCAACCUUCAUUAUCUAUUGUCUUAGUUGCAUUUCACAUGAUUGAAAUUCAAUGGGGGUGGAGGUAUGCAGUCUCUGAGUGCCCUCUAGUUAUCUAUAAGUCAAUUCUCAUUUAGGUGUACGGUUCUGUGGGCAAGCAUUUUUUCACAAAAGAUAUAAAUCUUGAAUACGAGAUGAAAUCAAACGACAGUCAUCGCAUCAGAUGGGUGCAAGGUGAUUGGACAGACGACUCGGAUCAAAUGAUAUUAAUCUUGCAAACACUUUUGGAACGCGAUGGACAGGUAUAUAAAAUGAUAUUGUUUGAUUUGCAUUUUGAAAGUUAAUCUAACAAAAUUAUCCACAUUAACUAAAACUUAAAGAUAAUCUUUAACCCAAUUUGAGUGGCAGCACUCUCCCCUUGACAAGUAAAAUCAUCUGGUGUUCGACUAAGUAAAAUAAUAAAGUAGGGUGCAUCAGGGCACAUUGACACUUGAAGGGUUAAUUUAUAAAUGUAUUUAGUCUGUAUGUUUCAGUUUGACAAGAUGCUGUUUGCAAACAAGAUGCUGACAUGGUGUAGGAAAGGUUUUCCAGAGUUAGGUGACUCAGGAGGAAUGGGAAGAGGAAUGACGACAGUUAAAGUGUUGGAACAUCCUGAUUACCUAACUGAUCCACAUCAGGUGGGCGGUCAAUAAAUCAACUGCUAAUUGGUGACUUGAUCCAAUCAUCCAAUCAAAUGAAUGUGUCGAUUAAAUAAUGAAUUGAUACACUCAAUCAAAUGGAAUGAUCCAAUCAAUUAAUCCAAUCAAUAAAUUUCUCCAAUCAAUCAAUGAAUUUCUCCAAUCAAUCAAUGAAUCUCACCAAUCAAUCUAUAAAUUUCUCCAUUCAAUCAAUGAAUUUCUCCAAUCAAUCAAUCAAUGAAUUUCUCCAAUCAAUCAAUAAAUUUUUCCAAUCAAUCAAUAAAUUUUUCCAAUCAAUCAAUGAAUUUCUCCAAUCAAUCAAUGAAUUUCUCCAAUCAAUCAAUAAAUCUCUCCAAUCACAUCUCCAUGGCAACAGGUAAUGUUAUUUUGUUUUGUCUAAUAUAAUUUCCAUAAUUCUCUAUAAACUAGGCGGCACAUGACAUAUGGGUAAAAAGUGGUUAUUUCGUAGCACCAAAUGGUGGAGUAAUGCGAACGUCAAUUCUUGGAACAAUGCAAUAUCAUGAUUUGCCCAAAGUUAUAGAAAACACCAAGAAUGCAUGUAAGGUCACUCAUGCCGACCCUCGAUGUGUUGCAUCAUGCGUUGCUGUUACCAUGGCAAUAGCACUGACGUUGCAAGGUAAAUACAAGAUGAAGAGUGGGGAAUAUGAUGUUGAUGAAAUAACAAAGGAAGCUCAUGCAACCGCUGAACAAGAGUUGGAAAAAAAUGAACAUGUAUGUAUCAAGGGACGUAUAUAUAGUUCACUCACCCUUCAUUUAAGAAAGCCCGAUUUCAUUCCUGUCUGUACAAUCAUUUAAAAAAGCAUGACUACCAUCCUGUUGAUGAAAGGACCUUCCUCGGCACAAAACAUCUUCCUCGGCACAAAACAUCUUCCUCGGCACAAAACUUCCUCGGGUAGCACAACAGCUACUUGUAUAGACUGGGUCCCCAGGUUUGUUGAAACAUGUAUCACCUUAAUUCGUAACUAAGACUUGAAAAACAUUGUUAUAGAAAAAAGAGUUGCAUGCCUAUAUGUUUGAGAAGAAUGUGCAGAACCUAAAACUUGGUGAAUCAAUUGGGUAUACAUUCAAAUGUCUUGGUGCAGGCUUCUGGGCAUUCAAGCAGAAAAAUUUCCGCACAGCAAUACAAGAACUUACUAUGGAGGUAAAAUAUUUAAUGAAUUAUAUAACUGUAUUUCUGAUUAAUUCCAUAAAGCUAGAAGUACAUUAUUAUGUGUUAUUAUCUAGGCUGGUGAUGCAGACACGAACUGUGCAGUUGCAGGAGCCUUACUUGGCUGUAAAGUUGGAUAUCACAAAUUGCCUGAAUCUUGGGUCAGUGGUUUGGCAUAUCGCGAUUGGUUGGACGCACAUAUUGACAGGUAGUGUUAAAAAUGUUUGAAUUUUGAGCCAAGGUCACAUCACCUUCAUGUGACCUAUGGAUACAUUCUUUGCAAUUGCUCCCCAGUCUUAAAGAUGUAUAUAUAGCUUUCACGUUUUUGCGCUCCUACAACGCGAUAAAUAUGAUCAUGUCUUUCCAGAUACCUCAAACUCUUGUGUGCACAACACAGGGAGAAUCAAGCUGACAAGCAUGGAGAAUAAUGUGAGAAGUGUGGAGUCUCUUUUGAAAACACGUUAAGUAAAAUUUGGUAAUCAACAAAUUAUUGCACAAAGUGGUUAUUCCUGCGACAUGGAACUAUUAUACGCACAUUAAAUAAGAUAUUGGUUUAGAUCUACACAAAUUAUUUCUAUGCACAAAAAUGAGGACACCUCGCCAUCACAAAGAAGGAAGGUGAAGUCUGUGAUAUAUUUCUACAUAUAUACAAAUACCUAGCCUCCACGGCAGACGGGCUAACAGGCAGCCCUGUGUCUAUAUCGCGUUCCCCAACAGCUCCUCACGGACUGGUGUUGAACCUUGAAAUGUGCCUAGCGAUGCUGGCGAUAUCGAGCCCUCUCGUGAAACGUCGGAAUCUGGUCGGUCAAUGUUCGGAGAGAACGCUCGUGCCGACGAUGGGGUCGCGCUCGAGCCACCCGAUUCUGAGUCGGAGUCGAAGUCCGAUCUGUAAUUUACGAUGUUUAGUUAAAUUUUUGGAAGAGCAAAAAAUAAAUGGUUUUAACA